GCCUCUCGAGAGCCGAUGGGGGCGCCACCGUGCCGGCCUUCUCCAGUGAGGGGCAGGCUCGGGCCUCUCGGCCGGCCCGCCCCUUUCCUUUCAGCUGAGGCCGCGGCGCUGGAGAAAGGAGUGCGGCCAUCAUGGAGCAGCAGAGCAGGCUGCAGCCUCCUCCUCCUCCUCCUCCCCCGGUCGCAGCCAUCGAGUUCCCCGAGGAGGACGAGGAGACGGAGCCGCGAUACGACGAAUCUGAUUUGCCAACAGAGUUCCAGAUGGUGAACAAUUCUAAAAAGUUCCUGAAUUUCACAUCCUCUGUCGCCAACCAGCUCCUGCUUGUUUCUGUGCUAGAACAUCUUUGCCAUGUGUAUGCACAAGACCCCACACAUUCAAGGCGUUUAUUUCAAUUACUGUGCAAGACAUUUACUCAAAUGGGCUUGCUUUCCUCUUUCGCCUCCUGUGAUGAAUUCAGCAGUUUGAGGUUGCAGCAUAAUCGGGCCAUUACUCAGUUAAUGAAGGCAGCUAAUCAGCAAAUACUCAAUGGGGAGUUUGGCAGCAGUGAUCCCCAAACAAACAGCAGUGAAAAUGAAGUUUUAUUUGAAGCACAAACAUCUCGCUACAUCAAUGAAUUUGAUGAGAUUUCAAGACUAGGAAAAGGAGGGUAUGGGACAGUGUACAAGGUCAAGAACAAACUAGAUGGUCAGUUCUAUGCAAUUAAAAAAAUCCUUAUUAAGAAGGCAACCAAAAGAGACUGCAUGAAGGUGUUACGAGAAGUUAAAGUGUUGGCUGAACUGCAGCAUCCGAAUAUUGUGGGGUAUCACACUGCUUGGAUGGAACAUGUUCAGCCGGGCUACCUAAAAGCUGAGAAAACCUUGGCAUUGCCACACCUGAAAAUGGCUUCUGAACCAGGAAGUACUAAAGAUAGUUGCAGUGUUGAAGAGAUGGAAGAGAGCAGUUCCAUUAUCUUUGCUGAUCCCAACGAUUCAAUCAGUAGGAAUGAAGAAGGAAGGAAGAUGAAUGCAUGUGGACUCUCUGCCAACUCCUAUGACAGCAGCUGUACCAGUGAGACUGCCAGUAGGUUGCUCUGCAUAGACAGUCCUGUAUCUGCUCUCCCUUGCUACCCUCAAGAUAGGAAUAAAGGCCAUUCAAGCCAAGAAGAAUUUUCCCAGAAGGAUCUGUCUUUGCAAGGGGAAUGUGAGAUGGAAUACCAUCUGAUGCUUCACAUACAGAUGCAACUGUGUGAAACCUCCUUGUGGGAGUGGCUCACUAACAGGAACAAAAGAUGCCUGAGAACAGAGGAACCUACUGAUCCUUACCAGCAUGUGGAUGUUAAUUGGACAUUAAAGAUCUUCCAAGAGCUGCUAGAAGGAGUGUAUUAUAUCCACAGUAUGGGAGUCCUGCACCGGGAUAUUAAACCCAGAAAUAUUUUUCUCCAUGGACCUGACCACCAUGUGAAAAUAGGAGACUUUGGGCUGGCUUGUAAAGAUAUUAUCCAGGAGACACACCCCUCACAAAACAUGAAGGAAAUGGCAGGCCUAAUACAUACUUCCGGAGUGGGUACCUGCUUAUAUGCAUCACCUGAACAACUGCAAGGUUGUCAAUAUGAUUUCAAGUCGGACAUGUACAGCGUUGGUGUCAUCCUGCUUGAACUCUUUCAGCCCUUUGGGACAGAAAUGGAACGAGCUGAAAUUCUGAUGGGUUUGAGGAAUGGUCAUGUUCCUGUCUCUUUCAGUGGAAAAUGGCCAAUACAGACAAAAUAUGUUAAGCUGCUAACCAGUAAAGUGUCCUCUCAGAGACCAACUACUGGUCAACUUCUUGAAAGUGAACUCUUCCACAAUGCAGCAAAUGUUAUUUGUAGUUUACAGCAGAAGGUGAUGCAACAAGAAGAAGAAAUCAAAUUACUGAAAGAGAAAGUGAAGCUACUUUUGCAGGAAAGAGAAGAGAGAGACAGAAUCAAACGCCGCGGCUCUCCUGUCUAGGGUAGUUAAUGUGUAUAAUUUAUAUGUUCUGUCAAAUGUCUUAUUUUUUUAAAAUUAAAAUUAAUCUACAAAGUA